AUGGGUUGUGCAAACUCUUUACAAUAUAAGAAACAUCCAUCCAAACACAUCAGUCCAAACAAAGAUCCCAUAAAAUCACGGAUAAUAUUUACAUUGAAAUGUCCGAGAGAUUUACCUCCAUUAGAAAUUAAAACGGUUCAGCAAACUUGGCCUUCGUUGGCGAAAGACUUACAAGGUAACGGACUUCAGAUUUUUCUGAGAAUAUUUGAAAUAUGUCCGGAAAUCAAGUUCCUGUUCCAUGUUGAAAACGUUCGACAUUCACAACUUGCAAGAAAUGACACCAUCAAGGCGCAUGGUAAACGUUUUAUUAAUGCCAUUGGUUUUGCAGUGGAAAAUUUAGAGGAUAUCGAACAAGAAGACAACAAAUUGUGUAAAUUUCUGUUUAACCUUGGAAAGCAGCACCAGAAUUUUCAGGCAUUUAAACCGGAAUAUUUUGAAAUAUUUUAUGAAGCGUUAAUGUGUCAAUGGGAACGCUGUAUGGGUGAUCGGUUCACGACGGAAGUGGCAAAUGCAUGGAGUCAUUUGUUUGUGUUCUUAAUGGAAAAGUUAAAAGAGGGAUAUUCUUCACACGAAGUGUCAUUUGAAGCUCAUUUGAAAAAUAAGAAUGAUAACAGUUGA